UGAUGCCAAUCUCGUUACUGUGUCUCUUUUCAUGUGAACAUUCAUUGAUUGCUGCUAAUUGCUGAUGGGAAAGAACCUCAUGAGGAUUAAAGAUUAGGAAUCUCUUGUACAUUUUUUAUUAUUUGAGAUUUGACACGUCUCACUCCUCACACUGGAUCCUUCACAUCCCUUUCCCAUUACACCAUCAUCAUCAUCAUUUGAAUAUUAAAACAGAAAAGAAGAUCACUGUUUGGUCCCCCAGAAAAUAUAUAUAAGCCUCCAAGAUUUAUCACUGUGUGUGUGUGUGGGAAGGAAGGAAUCAUCUCAGAUCUUCCAAAUAUUGCUCCCGCCCCAGCUUCAUAUGAUCGGUUCUAAAUGGCAAAACCAAGUGCAGCUGAUAAUAGGACUAGAAGUUCUGUGCAGGUCUUUAUAGUAGUUGGUCUGUGCUGUUUCUUCUAUAUAUUGGGUGCGUGGCAGAGAAGUGGUUUCGGAAAGGGAGAUAGCAUAGCAUUGGAGAUCACCAAGAAAGGCGAAGAGUGUGACACAGUUCCAAAUUUAAGGUUUGACUCUCACCAUGCUGGUGAGGUUAGCAGGAUCGAUGAGGUCGAUUCAGAAGCUAAGAAAUUUGAGCCGUGUGCUGCUAGAUACACGGAUUACACUCCGUGCCAAGAUCAGCAGCGUGCAAUGACAUUUCCAAGAGAAAACAUGAACUAUCGAGAGAGGCACUGCCCCCCUGAGGGAGAGAAGCUACACUGUAUGAUUCCAGCACCCAAGGGGUAUGUCACUCCAUUUCCAUGGCCAAAGAGCCGUGACUACGUUCCUUAUGCAAAUGCACCGUAUAAGAGCCUUACAGUUGAGAAGGCUAUUCAGAACUGGAUCCAGUAUGAAGGAUCAGUGUUUAGGUUCCCCGGUGGUGGCACCCAAUUUCCUCAAGGUGCAGAUAAAUAUAUCGACCAACUUGCUUCCGUGAUCCCUAUAAAUGAUGGGACAGUUAGGACAGCUCUCGACACUGGUUGUGGGGUUGCUAGUUGGGGUGCUUAUCUUUGGAGCAGAAAUGUUAUUGCAAUGUCAUUUGCGCCAAGGGACUCUCAUGAAGCACAAGUACAGUUUGCUCUUGAAAGAGGUGUACCUGCUGUCAUUGGUGUUCUUGGAACCAUAAAAACGCCUUAUCCUUCUGCGGCCUUCGACAUGGCUCAUUGUUCUCGUUGCUUAAUUCCUUGGGGAGCAAAUGAUGGAAUUUAUAUGAUUGAAGUAGACCGAGUUCUAAGACCUGGUGGUUAUUGGGUACUUUCGGGACCUCCAAUCAACUGGAAGGCAAAUUAUAGAAACUGGCAGAGACCUAAGGAGGAACUCGAGGAAGAACAAAGAAAGAUUGAAGACGUUGCUAAGCUCCUUUGCUGGGAGAAGAAGUCAGAGGAGGCUGAAAUUGCCAUUUGGCAAAAAACUAUGGACACUGAAUCAUGCCGUAGCAGACAAGAAGAAUCUGGCGUGAACUUUUGUGAAACAACCGAUGUUAAUGAUGUCUGGUAUAAGAAAAUGGAGGCCUGUGUUACCCGCACACCUAAAGUUUCUGGUGAACUCAAGCCAUUUCCGGAGAGGCUAUUUGCAACCCCUCCUAGAAUUGCUAAUGGUGCAGUUCCUGGAGUUAGUGUUGAGACAUUCGUGGAGGAUAACAAUAAGUGGAAAAGGCAUGUAAAUGCUUAUAAGAAAAUUAAUAGCCUCCUGGAUACUGGAAGGUAUCGCAACAUUAUGGACAUGAAUGCUGGUUUGGGCAGUUUUGCCGCAGCUAUUCAAUCUCCCAAGUUAUGGGUCAUGAAUGUUGUGCCUACUAUUGCUGAGAAAAGUACACUGGGUAUCAUAUAUGAACGAGGACUUAUUGGCAUCUAUCAUGAUUGGUGUGAAGCCUUCUCCACAUAUCCAAGGACCUACGAUCUCAUUCAUAGCGAUGGUCUUUUUAGUCUGUACAAGGACAACUGUAACAUAGAAGACAUUCUUCUAGAGAUGGACCGGAUUUUGCGGCCAGAAGGAGCAGUCAUCAUCCGUGACGAAGUUGACAUCUUAAUUAAGGUCAAGAAAAUCGUCGGAGGAAUGAGAUGGAACACCAAAAUGGUUGACCAUGAGGAUGGUCCACUUGUUCCCGAAAAGGUACUGAUUGCCGUCAAGCAGUAUUGGGUUGUCGGGUCAAAUUCCACUUCAUCCUAAUAAAGCACCCGGUGCAAGUUGAAAGGUCAUUAAUGGCUUUUAGCCCCUUGGGGUUCAACUAGAUCCUAACAGAGUUCAUUUGGGUUUUGAUAUGAGCAUUUUUGGCUUGCAUGAUCAACCACAAAAUUUGGCACAAAUUAGGGCCAUUACAAGAGUUAUGCUGAAUUGCUGAUUGCAAUUUGCAAUAGGUUUCGUAUCUAGUUAAUUUAUCAUUUAUUAAUGAACAAAUUUGGGAAGCUACUAUGCUCAGGGUUUAAGAUAUUAGCCGUUUUUUUUUCAUCAAUCAAGUAUCCUGUUACACGAUAUUACAUUCAAAAAUCAAGGAAAUAUUGGUCUCUUCUCUUUUUUCUUUGGUCCCAAUAGUUUUAUAUUUACUGAAUUACAAAAGUUUGAGCUGCUUCGCCUAAAUUUUGUAACAAAGAAUAGUAGUGUACGGUACAAUCUUUGUAGCUGUAACUUCAUUUGCAAGUUACACUCAAAUAUGAAUUUUGAAGUGCUUCCUGAUUA